UUCUCACAAAAUGUCAGAGAUUGCAGCCCUGGAGGCUGAGGUCAAGGAGUUCAAGCUUCAGCUUGAAACCGUCCAAUCGAGUUUGCAGGUAGACCCAGACAACACAGAAUUACAAAGUCUCAAAACUGAGCUGGAAGAACUUAUAAACCUCACCGAAACUUCUAUCGCCGAGUUGAAACCGUCCGCGCCACCAGCACCCCAGCCAGCCGCGACGAAGGACAGAGGACCGAAGGACACUUACGGCGCACAGAACAACUACCGCAAACCGACCGCUGAACAGUCCGAUGAGCCGGCCCCAUCUUACCCGGCGUCUUUCUCGGUCAACGAACAUGUUCUUGCUCGUUGGGUCUCAGGCGACAACUCGUUCUAUCCCGCGCGCAUCACCUCCAUCACCGGCUCGUCGAGCAAUCCCGUCUACUUGGUCUCGUUCAAGUCGUACGGGACGGUGGAAUCUCUGACCUCCAAGGACAUUCGGCCAAUCUCCAGCAAUGACUCGCGUAAACGCAAGGCUGAUGCAGGCUCAGGCAAUACUUCUUCCCAAUCUCCGGCACCCCAGCCACCCCACUCAAGCGUGAUCUCUGCGGCAGCGGACAUCAAUCCCGCGCUGGCCAAUCAGGCGCGUCAGGAGCCGAACAAGGUGAGCGAGGGGUCCGCACGGCCCAGCAAGGUCGCCCGCAAGGUGAAGGCCAACAAGGAGCUGGAGGAAGGCAAGAUGAAAUGGAAGGAUUUCGCUAGCAAAGGGAAGUUUGGACGUAAGAAGGAGAGUAUGUUCCGAACAGGAGAGGGAGUCAAUGCUCGAGUGGGGUUUACGGGGUCCGGUCAACAGAUGCGCAAAGAUCCGACGCGGUCGCGACAUGUCUACCAGCAAGGCGAAGACGAAGGAUACUAGUUCUCUGAGUGUUGAUCGAUGGAAUACAUCCCACUGUCACCUCGUGUCCUUUACCGUGUAUCAAAUCGCUAACGGGCUCUGGUGACAGAUCUAGUGCAAGUCGAGCCUGUCGCUGAUCGGGGUUGAUCCUCGAUGACCACAAUUGAUGAUGCGAUUGAACACCAUACCAUUAAUCAUGAAUGACUUUCUCUGUGUGAUUUACUUGACCAAUAUCUUAUACAUUUCGACAGCCUCAUAGGGGGCUGCUUUCCAUGUUUUCUUGUGUCCCAAGCGAAGCAUUUGCUAUGCUGCGUGUA